AUGAUACAAUCACUCCGGCAACGGAAUAGCUCCGGCAGAGGUUGCUCCAUCGGUCCACCCUUGAAGAAUCGUGCCUCCGUGGCUUGCUGUCGUUGCCAUAGCCGCAAAGUACGAUGUGAUGUGGCACUAAGAGGUUCACCAUGUACCAAUUGCAGUUUAGAUAAAGUUGACUGUCUUGUGCCACAAACGAGACGAAGAAAGAGCUAUCUCAAAGUUGAAAACAUCUCACAGGUCGGCUCACUGGUCAGUAGUACCUUGAAGAGAUCUCACCUUCCCACUGAUACGCACGACUUGCCACGGAUGGCUUUUGGCUCGGCUUUUCUGAGCACCUCCCAUAAUACUUUUUAUAGUGAGAUAUCAUCAUCAGGUGGUGCAGGAAGGCCUUUCGACACCACAGAAAUGCAAACAUUACCAGAUCAGUAUGCUUCCGAAUACACUUGUUGUACACUAAAAAAUCAGGCCAUUGCCGACUCGGGGCCUUCGGGGAAGAAUACCCCGCAAAGAUCAGUUACACUGCCAAACUAUAUCCGCGAAUUACCAACGACGUUGAGUAAGGUUGACAUUGAUUACCUCAUCUCCAAAGGCGUCUUACUCAUUCCAGAAUUGACUCUGCGAAACGAGCUUCUCAGGGCCUAUGUUCAUUAUGUUCAUCCCUAUAUACCCAUUCUUGAUAUAGAGGAUUUUCUUCAGACCAUUUUGGAAGGUGACCGCAAUCGCCGAAUCAGUUUGCUUCUGUUCCAAUCUGUCAUGUUUGCAGGGUCAGCAUUUGCCGAUCUGAAAAUUCUACAAGCUGCUGGUUUCGAGACGAAUAGAGUGGCCCGGAAAAAAUUCUUUGAUCGAGCUCAGCUGUUAUACAAUUUUGAUUACGAGACCGAUCAGAUAACUAUAGUGCAGUCACUUCUUCUGAUGUCUUACUACUAUGAUGCUCCCGGUCACCAGAAGGAUUCCUGGCAUUGGAUGGGCGUCGUCUUGUCUCUGGCCCACACAAUCGGUCUCAAUCGUGACCCUAUCACGCUAGGCAUGGACUUGAAACGUCAGCGGAUGUGGAAGCGCAUCUGGUGGAGCAUCUAUGUUCGAGAUCGCCUCAUUGCUCUAGGCACACGACGGCCAAUCUACGCGAUUGACGAAGAUUCGAAUGUGCCUGUGCUUUCCCUAGAUGAUUUCGAGCUUCAAUGCUGUUCACCUAACAUAAUCAAGCUGUUCGGUGGAUCGAAUAUCCUAGAAAAUUGUGGCGCUCGGCGUGAACUUGCUCUAAUGUUCAUUGAAAAGACAAAGCUCUGCAUCUUGUUAGGCUAUAUUCUUUCGACUCAGUACUUCACAGUUAGAUACGAGUCUGGGAUGCCUACUGAAACCAUGAUGUUGAGUCCGAAAAGCUCAACUGCAGGUGAAGGGAAAUUGUUUCAUCUCAAUUUACUCUUGGAGAACUGGCUGAGCUAUCUUCCCACGGAGGCUCAUUUUACACCACUGGGCCACUCGAAAUUAUCUGACGUUCAACAAGUGCUUCAUUUGCACCGUGCAAUCUUGAAGAUGAUCUACCAUACUGCCAGCAGUGCUUUACACCGCCCACAACUCACAUCUAUCACUCCACCGACCUCUUCCCAUUCCAAGUUUCAAGAAAUUUCUGCUUGCAAAGUCUUCCAUGCCGCCAUGGAAGUAACGGAUAUUGCCCUAGAGAUGGACAGCCUGGGCUUGACUUCAAAUUACCCUCCUAUUGGCGUGACUGUCCUCAUGCCAGCAGCGAUGGUUCAUCUGUUGAAGAUAAGAUCUGAUAAUCGGGGCGUACGAAUAGCCAGCUCUCAACGUCUAUGCCAAUGCAUCCGUAUCUUGAACUCCUUGCGCGAUGUUUAUGCAGUGGCUGACUUUGCCUGCACGAUCCUCAAGGCGGCUAUCCAAAAAUCUGGUGUCCGCAUCACAGCCGCUGAAGAAGACGCGCAUUCAUCAUCCCUUCGCGAUCGGUUCAACGAUGACGAUUUGCCAGACACCGUUCGGUGCAGUCCCACACCAAAACUACAAUCAAGCCCCCUUGGUCAAUCAAUACCGGCUCCAAGACACCUUGAGGAAGCACCAGUCCCCGACGAAAAUAAGGAAAGCCUCAGCUGCUUGAUGAAUCUACCAACCGACUGCCAGACAUUGCAUGAUGUCUUUGAUGAUCUCAUCAAAUUUGACGAAGAUUGGAUACACGAUCCAGCAAGUGGCCAGUGA